AUGAAUUCGGAAGCUCCAAAUUCAUCAACCGAGCCUUGUAAGAUGAAGAAAAGAGGCGCGAAGAAAAGAAGCCCCCGCCCCAGGCCGCCUUCGUUGGAUACAGGAAACAUUAAUGGAAGUAGUAGUAGUAGUUUGAAAAAGGAAGAGGUGGUGGAGUUUGUGGAUGAGGAGGCAUUGUAUAACAUGCCGCUGCUGGUGGAUAGCAUGGCACAAGGGAUGCUUCUCACUCCCCCAGCUCUCAAGAAGGGUUUUAAUUGGACUCAUGACAAUCCUCAUAUCGACUUCGACUUCACUCUCUGGAAACACUAG